ACAAAUUAAAAAAUUCAUGACACGUUAUGGUGAACAUGCAGAGUACUAUUUUUACACAGUUCUUUAGGAAUCAGCGGAGAAGGAGAAGGUCAAGAGCGUAAAAAUGUUGACCCGAUCAAAGCUUCUGUUCACUACUGGACGAAAUUUUGUCCAGAAAAGAAUGGGUCAUACUCCCACUCCAGCUGAGGCAAAGGCUCUCUGUCAAAAAUAUGGCAUCACUAUGGAUAAUGUUCCAGUUCGUGCGGGAAGCUUUAAACAGAUGAAUGCAGCAGCACAAGCAAGAUUCAAUCGCUAUGCUAUCCUGUCAACUCUGGGCAUGACGGCUACCAUGUUCUUUGCCUGGCAUAAAAGAGUUUUCACCACUCAUCAGCUGUUUCGCUAUCCUAAAGAAAUGUAUGGCAAUUAAACUCUCAGACUGUCAAUAUUAGUUAUGUAAAUUAAUGAAAAAAUAAAUCUGUGUUACCUUGA